AUGGAACCAUAUAUAGAAUUAAAUUUACCAUUAAAACUUAGGAAACCCAAAAAUCAUGAAUAUAAUAAAUUCUCAAAAAGUUUAUUCGAAGGAAUUAUGGAAUACAUUGUCAAGCUGUCUAGUUAUGAGCAUGAAAGUGAAUGUAAAGAUAUCUGCAGAAAUAUGAAUUACUGGAUAGAAGAUAUGAAAGAUGAAUUUACAGAAAAAAUUUUGCCAUUUUAUUUUUAUAAAAAAGAUGAACAAGUAUGGGAUAAAUAUAUUGAAAAUGAACAGUUGGUUAAACUAGAUGCAGUUAUAGGAGACGUUUGUAAGAGAAAACCAAUUCCAUAUAUUAAAAUGGUGAGAAAUAUAAGAAAAAAAUUAGAAGAAUUUUGUGACGAAAAGGAAGAAAUAUAUAAAGAGUUUGAAAAAUCAAAACUAACAAAUAAGGAAAAAUGUAAAUUAUUUAACGAAUGGAAAAAUGAAAAACUAAAUCAACUUAAACGUAUUAAAGGGUGGUAUAAAUAUGCAACCAAAGAUAAAUAUAAUGAAGCUUUCACUAUUAAUGAUAAAUGCAGCUUAGCUUCUUUAUUUAAUAAUGAUCUCAAAUGCCAAAAUAAUAUUCGUAAAAAAAAAAAAAAAAAAAAGAAAAAACCAAAAAUUAAAAGUCGUACUCAAACAAAAUCAGCUGAUGAAGAUAAUGAAGAUGAUGAAGUUGAUGAAGUUGAUGAAGAUGAUGAAGUUGAUGAAGAUGAUGAAGUUGAUGAAGAUAAGAAAGAUGAUGAAGAUAAGGAAGACAAUAAGGAUGUAAAUCAUGAAGGAGAUAAUAUAAAUUCAAAGAUAGGUAAAUUUCCAAAUAAAGAUAGAAAAGACGAUCAAACAGACAGAGCAAAAAUUGAUGUUAAUGAAGGCAAAGAACAAAAAGUUUUAACACAAGAAAAAUCCCUAAAACAAAUUCCUUCUAGAUCACCACAUAAUGUAGAACAAAAAUCACAACAAAAAAAUAUUCCUUCCGAUCAACAACGACAUUCAAUAAAAACUAUUCCUACUACAACUUCUUCUACAGCAUCAUCAAGCUCAUCUAUUCCUCUUAUAACACCUUCUACUCAAUCUUCAGUUCCUUCAUUAUCUAGUAAGCCAUCAGUUACAUAUAAUACUACAGAUAUUGCUACUCCUGUUACAGUUACUUCUACUAAAAGUACACCAAUUGAAUCGAAGACAUCUACGUCAACAACACGUUCUACUGUAACUACUAACACACCCUCUUUGAAACACGAACCACUUAUUUUUCAUAGCCCUAUCAAUAAAUUAGGUGGCUCAAGGGGGGAAAUUCAUACUCCUAAGUACUCUCCUAAUGUAUAUAAUAAUAGAGAUACAAAACCUAAAUCAUCUAUAAAGCAUCGUGUCAGUGUCAGACCACAUUAUAAAUAUUCAAGCAACAUAACUAACCUUCCUGGUAAAAAUGAAGAAACCAAAUAUAUAUCAGAAACAUAUGGUGCUGCCCCACCACUCCCAAAACCAUUUUCUCCUCCUCCUUUACUUGAAAAAGAAAAAAAGAGAGAAAACGAAAAUAGUAACUCAAAUGAAAUAUUUUCUCAUUCAUAUGAGGAAAAAUCAAAAACAAAAUUAUCUGAAGUGACAAAAUCACCUAUUCCUAUACAAUCAGAUAGAAUUCAAAAGCAGAAAGAAAAACAGUCAACUAGUAGAGAUAAAUCUAAGGGAUCUAAAAUUAUAUCACCAUAUAAUGCAUCAUAUUAUCUUGGAAAUGUACUUAAUAUUAUUGAAGACUUUUUAUUAACCUUAUAUUCUGAAGAUAAUACACAAAAAAUAUUAAAUGAUCCUAUUGAUUCAAAAAAUAAUGAUUAUCAUAACUCAAAUACUCAAGACGAAAAAUUAAAUAUCACACAUAUUGAAAAGACGGAAGUAUCUGUCAUUACAAAAGGUUCUCCUAAUGAUGGAGAUCAUAAAAUUAAACAUGAGGAAGAAACAAAAGGUAAUAGACAUAAUAAUGUACAACAAUUACAUGAAAAUGAACCACAUGAAGUACCAAUUGAACUUCCUUCAGAUCCAAAAGAAAGAGCCACAUUUAUUGUUCCUCCUCAACGAAAACCUGAAAAAUUAGAUCCUUCGAUAUUUGGAAGAAAAAAAAUACAAAUAACACCUCCUAUAAUAGGUGUUCCUCCUUCAAUAUUAGAAAAAUAUCCUCAUAUUCUAGAAAAAUAUAAAGGGUUUUCUAAAACUGUACAAGAGGAAGAAUGGGUUGAAGGAAAUAAUGAUGCCUUACCUGUAAGAAAACGAGAUGUAAUAGAAAAUGAAUUAGUAAUCCAAACUAUUCCACGAGAUGUAAGACAUAUUAUACCUGAAAAUGGUGAUAACGGAAAACAUAUAAUUCAUAAUAAAUUAAAUGAAUAUAGCUUAAGAACAUAUAAUAUUCCAAAGAAUAUUAAUUUACAUAUUAAACCAAAUGAAGGUUUUGGAAAUAAUAUCCCUAAAAUUAUAAAUCAUUAUGAUUAUCAAUCAGAAUAUUCAAAAAAUUAUAUACCAAAAUAUAUGGAUUUAGACAGUCCAUCCAAAGAAAUAAGUCAACCAAAAUUUAAUGUUAAGAAUAUUGAUAUACUUGAUAAGAACUUAAAUUAUCCUACCCCUUUUAAUAGAUUGAAUAAAACUGAUAAAAAUUCAAAAUUCACAAUUACAAAAAAAGAUUAUUCAUCAUAUUCUAAUAAUCAGGAUAUUAUUGUCGAUAUUCCAAUAUUAUCUAAUACAAUUCCCAAAAUUUUAAAAAUUCCAGAACAAAAACCACAUUAUAGUAAAAAGAUAAUUAAUAUGCCCUCUCCAAAUGAGGAGUAUGCUUCUUUUAGAACACCACACAAACUGCAUAAAAAAUAUAAUUUUGAAAUUACAAAAAACCCUUCAUUAGAUUCAAAUAAUCAUAAUAUUUCUAUGAAAAAUAAUAAUAAAAUAAAUUCCAUUCCUGAAAUUUUAGAAAUUCCAGAAAAAGAAAUAAUACACAAUUAUAGUAAAAUUGAUAUUGAUAUUCCUCAUGAAAAAUAUGAGUAUAGUUUUUUUAGAAAACCUAAGAAAAUUGAGAAAAAUUCUGAUUUCAAAAUUACAAAGAACACAUCACUAAAUACUAAUAAAGAAGAUAUUAUAGUGGAAAUACCAAAUAUACCAUAUAAUAAUUCUAAACCGUUAAAAUAUCAACAAAAAAAUAAUAAACCAAAUUAUACUAAAAAAAUUCUCGAUAUUCCUCUUGAAUAUCCUAGGAAUAAUAUCCUUAAAAAUGUCCAUAAUCAUGAUAAAAUUUCUGAUUUUUCUGUUUCAAAAAAUCCUUUAUUAGAUUCUACUUCUAAUCAAAAUACUGCUAAAACAACUAAUAGACUAGUAAAUAAUCCUCGUGUUUUAACAUUUCCACAAACAGAAAAUAUGUCAAGGUAUAGUGAUAAAAUUAAUGGUACGCCAAAUGAUAUUAUUCACAAUCCUUUGUUUUCUCAAAUGUUUCAAAAACCAGAGAUACAAUAUAAUGUUAGAAAUCCAAAAACUAUUUCAUUUGAUUUUAAUACUAACAAUAGCAGUUUAGAAAAUUCUGAUAUUUCAGUACCUAUUUCUCAUAACGUAGAAAUUCCAAAAGUAAAAAUUGAUUUAGAAACACAACCCACAACAAUAAUACAACAUGGACUUGGAGAAGAUGAAACAGCAGUUUGUUUUACAGAUUCUUCAAAUUCUGAAACAAAACCAUGUACGCUUGAAGAAUCAUUAAAACAGAGAGAUGUUGUUUAUUCGAAUAAUAAGGAUCAAUUACCUGAAAAACAAGUUCUAACAAGUAAAUCUUCUUUACCAAAUAAUGCCAAUACGCAUAAAAAAUCAGACAUGUUGUUAUCAAUUCCAAUUAAAACAAGUGAAAAAGAAAAAACACCUUAUCAACAUACAUAUGAAAAUGGAGCGAAAAUGAUUAACAAAGACAUUAAUAAUGGAGGAUAUAUAUAUAAAAUGCUCAAUUUAACUUCACAAUAUGAUUCUCAAGGUAAUGAUCUUACUACAUCUCAUGGCCAUCAUAUGGGAAAUAAUAAUUUUCAUCAAGGUCAUUUUACUCAAAGAGUUUCAUACAAUGGAUAUCCCCAAACUAGCACAACAUUACAUAAUGUAAAUGGAGGAACACGUCAAAAUUCAGGAUUAUCAUCUUAUAUGGCAACAUCUCCACUUACAAUAUUUCAUGGUACAAAUUCAGAUUUAACAACUGGAAAGCAUAAUUAUAUUGCUGAAAUUUCCCCUUCUUUAACUAACCAAUUUAUUUUACAUAGUGAAUUACAAAAUAGUAUUCUGCAAUUACCUCUUCUUAGAAAGUAUUUUCCAAGAACUCAUAACAUUGAAAACCCUUCAUCCGAAAUAACAAUAAAAAAUUCAGAUGGAUCAAUAUUUAUUGGAAAUAACAUACGUAAUGGAACUAGUGGAUCAAACAUGAUUAAUAUUAUGAUCCAGAUAGCUAGUGUUUUUGUGGGCGGUUUCUUGAUAAUGACAGUUUUUAAUAAACGGAACAUCUUCCUAUUUGGUAAUAAAAAAAAAAAAAGAAAACCUGAACCACUUGUAGCGGAAAAGGAAGUAAUAGAUAUGUGCACAUUUUCAGAACUUCAUGAACAUUUUCGACCUAAACAAAUUUUGAAACAUGAUGAAAUUCUUGACAGAAAUAAAAAAUAUAUCGCACAAGAAAACACAAAUGAAGAAAUGGAUUGUAAUCACAAUGGACAAGAAAUAGUUACAAAAAAUUUACAUGAAUUUGAAGAACAAUUAGAAUAUUCAAAAGAUAAAUAUCAAAAUACAUCACAAUUUAAUGAAGAAAAAUACAUUAAUAACUUACAUUUAUUAAAUAAAAAUAAGGAAAAUUGGAAAACUAUAAUACAAACACAUCUUCAAGUAUUAGAACAAUUUAAAGAAGAAGAAUGGGAAAUUUAUAAAGGGGAAUUUUUAAAUAUAUGUCUUGAAGAAUUUACAAAAGAAGAAAGAAAAGAAUAUAUGAAUGAAAUAGAUAAUAUAUUAAUUGUAAAUACAGAUGAACCACAUAAUAUCGUAGGAAAUAUAGAAAAACAAAAAAUUUUGUGGUAUAAGUUGAUAGAGAAAAAUAAACCAAUUUUAGAAAAAUGGAAAAAGGAAGAUAUCUUUCAAAUUUUAAUAAAUGAAUGGAAAACGGAACUAGUAAACAUUGAAUCAACAAAUAUAAUAAUUGAACAAAGAAAUAUAAAUCAAUCAAUUAAUAAAUUUAUUGGUACAAACAAUCCUAUAAUAGAAAAACAAAAAAUUAUAUGGAGAAAAUGGAUUCAGAAACAAAAAUUACUCAUAGAUAAAUAUAGACAAGAAGAAUGGUUUAAAAAAUUGAACAAGGAAUAUGCUAUAAAAAAUGAUAUUCAAAUAGAAUCAAUAAAUUUAGAUAUAAAAAAAAAUAAACAAGAAUUACGUGAGUAUUUAAUAAAGAAAAGGUUAAUGACAAAUUUUUUAGUAGGUAUGUAUAUGUUACUUUUAGAACAAUAUAUGAAAGAAGAAUGUAUACAAAAUAAAGAAUUCUUCCUUAAUAAUGGUAAAGAAGAAAUAUUAAAAAAACCAAAUACAGAAAUAAAUCUAUCUCUAUUAGAAAUAAUAAAUACUUCAAAGUCGAAUCUAUGUGAAAACGAAAAAGAAAGAGAAAAGCAAAAAGAAGAAAUCAAAAUAUAUAAGAAUGAAAAUUGGUUUAUUGAUUUGAAAGAAGAUUGGACUAAAAAGGAAUAUAAAUAUUUAAACUCUAUAACAGACAAAUGUAUAGAUAAAAAUGAAACUUUUCUAAUAAACAAAAAAUCAUUAUACGAUAUGCAAAGAUAUGUAUCAAAGAAACAUUGGAAUGAUAUGCAAAUGAAAUGGAUAGAUGAGCAAAAUGAAAUCGAUUGGUUAAAAAUAGCACAGACAAGAAUUGUGAAUAAUGAAAAGGGUAUUUAUAAAAAACCAAAAGAUAAAAAGAAAAAUAUAGAAUAUAAAAAUAAAGAAAAUAACAAUGUACAAAAUAAUAAUAUACCAAAUAAAAAAAAAGUUCAAUAUAUAAAUAAAACAGAAAAAAAUGACCAAAAUAUACAAAGUGAAUCAAAUAAAUGUAUCUCUAAAUUAAAAAAUAUUAUAGAAAUACAUAUGGUAUUAUUAGAAGAUUCAAAAAAUGAAGAAUGGACUUCAAACAAAGGAGAUUUCUUGGAAAUAUGUAUAAACCAAUACAUGAAAGAAGAAGAACUGAAAAAGAAAAACACAAUUGCACAACUCAAUCAAUUAAUAAAUCAAAAUAAUAAACAAAUGAUAAUACAAAAUAUUUUAGAAGAAAACAAUAAAUUAUGCUAUAAAUGGAUAGAAAGAAAUAAAUAUAUUCAACAAAAAUGGAAACAUCAAGAAUGGUUUCAUAAAUUGAAAAACAAUUGGAAAUUCCAAGAAAAUUAUUAUAAAGAAAUUGAUGAUGAAAAAAAAAUACUUGAACAAUUAAAAAAGGCAGGAAUAAAUAUUAUGCUUGAGAGACAAAAAAUUAUUUGGAAAAAGUGGGUGGCUAAACACGUAAAACACACAGAAAUAUCAGAACAAGAAGAUACAUUAAAUAAACUUUUUACACAGGAAGAAAAAAACAAGUUUCUAAAUGAAAUAGAAAACUUAAAUAUAUCUCAUUUAGGAAAUAAUCAUAGCAUAGAUGUAUUAAGAAACUAUAGUAAGAAAAAACUGUUAACAAUGAUUUGGAUCGAAAUACAUAUGAAAGUUUUAGAAGAACAUAAAAAAGAAGAAAUUUUAGAAAUUAAAACAAUAAUAUUAGAUAAGUGUAUUAAUCACAUGAAAAAACAACAAAAUACAGAAAUGAAUCAAUGUAUAAUAGAAAUGAUUGAUUCUGUGAAAAAUAAUAUAUUAGAUCAAAAUAAAUAUUCUCAUAUGACGAACGAUAUUCAAAUUGAUCAAGAAAGUAAACAAACAAAAUUCCAUUGGAUAAAUGAAGAAUAUGCAUUAUCACAUAAUUUGAAUAAAGAUAAUAUAGAUCAUGAAUCUAAAUAUAUGAUUGAUAAUAAUACAAUUAAUACUAUUCAUCAAGAUAUAUUGAUUAAACAUUUAGAUGAUUUGCAAUUUCAAUGGGUAGAUGACGAUAAUGAAUAUGAUUGGUUAAAAAUAUCAUCAGAUGAAAAUAUAAAUAAUCAAAAAUUUAGUAAAAUCCAACUCAUUAAAAGUCCUACACAAACGAACAAAAAAAAAGAUAAAGAUGAAGAAAAAAAUAUGUUCAAACAAACUAAUAUAUAUAAUGAAAAACAUUCAAAAACAAAUUCCAAAAUAAUCCAAUUAAAUAAGAAAAGACCCAGUGAAAAUUAUUCCUUAUUAUCCAAAACAAUUUCCACAUUUAAUAAUGAUACAAAUAUAAAAGAUACAAAUAAUCAUUUAAAUAACAUAAUGCAUGACACAGAAAAUAAUAAACAGAUACCUAAUUGUGAAAAAAAAGAUCAAUUAAAUAAAUAUGAAAUUAUAAACUAUAAAACAAUUAUAGAAAUACAUCUAGCCGUUUUCGAAGAAUGCAAAAAUGAAGAAUGGAGAAAUAUAAGAAAACUCUUUUUUGAAACUUGUAUAAAUGAAAUAAAAAAUGAACCGUGGUUUUAUCAAGAUUUUUUUAAUAAUCAAAAUAUAAAAGAACAAAAUUGUGAUAAUAUAUAUAGUCAAAAUUCUAUAUAUAAUGAGUGGAUAGAAGAGAACAAAAAAUUAUUAGAGAAUUAUAAAAAGAAAGAAUGGUUCAGUAGUUUCAUGCAUGAAUGGAAAACAGAAUUGCAAACAUAUAAAGUAGAACAAUCAAAAGAAGAAGAAAAUAAAAAUACAAAGGAAAUGUAUUACAAAGAAAUAAUGGACAAUAUGUUUGAAAGAAUACAAAAUGAUUUAUACAUGUUGGAACCAUCUGAAUAUAAAGAUACAGAAGUAAAUUUUCUAAACAUAAAUAAAUUUCAGAACGAAAAUAUAUAUGAAACGCAAAAUAUGAAUAAUGAACAAAUUCAAAUUAAUACAAAUGACGAAUCAAAAAAUCCUAUCAUAGAUUAUCAAAAUAUGGUGUGGAGAUCAUGGAUUCAAAAACAUAUUAAAAAUAUAAAAGAAGGAAAAAAAGAAGAAUAUUUUAACAAAUUAAUUGAAGAACAUAUACAAGGAAAAAAUAUAAAAGAACUAAAAACAAAUACAAUGAAAAAAAGAUGGAUAACAAAAAUGUUUGUACAAAUACACAUGAUGAUAUUAGAAGAAUAUAAAGAACAAGAAUAUUCUAUCAUGAAAGAUAUAUUUUUAGAUAGAUGUAUAAAUCUGAUAGAUAACCUAGAAUAUUCUAUCAAUGAAAAAAAGUUUAUGUUAGAAAUUAUUAUAGAAAUGAAAAAAAAUAAAUCAAGUAAUAAAACCAAUAAACAUAUAUCAAACGAACAUAAAAAACAUAUUUUGUUUGAAGAACUCAAGAACGAAUGGAAAUCUAGAGAAAAUAAAUAUAAAAAUACUCUAUCUAAUCAAAAUUUAAUUAAUUAUUAUAAUAAUAAACCAAAUAUAAAUAAACUAUUCGAAAUGCAAAAAAAUAUAAUCACAAAACAUAUAGAUGAUAUACAUUUAAAAUGGAUUCAAAAUGAAAAAAAUAGAAAUAUAUUAAUCCAAACAUUUCAUAAUUCAUAUAUUCAUAAUAAAAAAAAUAUUAAAUGA